UUCGAUCUGAAUCUUUGCCGAAGACAGCGAAUAUCCACAACGAUGUGAGCAGAAACAUAAACAACACCCGAAACACAAUAAUAGAAUCGAACAUUAUGUCUCUACUGCUCAAUUCCUCGCGAAUGGUACUCGCUGGAAGCAUGACGAGAUCAAUCCCAAUCCGAUUUUCGACGCAUCCCCAAUUCAGGAAUGUACUCACAGUUUGCUCGAACAACUUCCACUGCUGGAGUCGUCCACAGGAGCAGUCGGGAUCAAUUUGCUACCGACAGUUCCCAGUAUGCUACCGGCAGCAGACUCCCUUUUUCAGCUCUUCCACAUAUCAGAUGCAGCAGCACCCAUCGUCGGAUAAAAAGAGCCAUCCAAGUACGGCACAAUCAGAACUUGACAACGCUCCGGAGGAACCGGUCAAGCUUGGCCUGUUUGCACGCUUCAAGAAAAUGUACAAAGAGUACUGGUACGUGCUGGUUCCGGUUCAUUGCAUCACGUCUGUGUUCUGGUUCGGUGGUUUCUACUAUGCCUCAACGAGUGGCGUAGACGUCAUUGCCAUUCUCGAAUCGAUGGGGGUCUCACAGAAGCUGAUCGAUCCUGUCCGGGACUCAAGCCUUGGUCACAUUGCGAUCGCUUAUCUGCUGUAUAAAAUUGCAACUCCAGUGCGUUACACCGUUACGCUAGGUGGCUCCACAAUCUCCAUCAAAUAUCUCGUUCAGCUGGGCUACAUUAAGCCGAUCCCGUCGAAGGAUCGGUUGGUGCAAAUGUACAAAGAUAAGAAGGAAAAUAUACAGGAGCGAAUUGCGGAGAGGAAACAGGAUUUCCAGGAUAAAAUGGCUGAGAAAAAACAAGGUAUACAGGAUAAAAUUGCCGAGCAGAAGCAAAGUAUUCAGGAGCGGAAGCAGCAGCUGGAAAAACGAAAGCAAAGCAUUAUGGAUGACUAUCAGCAGUUUAAAAGUGGAAUCAAGAAAGGGGAAGAUACGAUGGGAGAGAAAUAGCAAUAAGUUUGUUUUAUGUUUUUGUCAGUUUUCCCUGCGCAGUUAUUUCUUUCAGUUGUAUUAGGGACGUUACUUAUGCUGCAGUGAACCGAAGUUUAAUAUUUUUGUAAUUGCUCAACGCUGUUUUCAGAUCGUCAAAUAUGUAAAGACGAUUGGCAAUAAAAAUGCAAGCAUAUUUACUUA